CAGUAACGCCAAGCCCUCGGCCUCCAAGCGAGGAGAAGGACGCUGCGCCUUGCUCCCGACUGCGCGGACAUUACUGGCACACUCCAAAGUUAACAGCGACGCUGAAGCACAUUUAGAGCGAACUGAGAUGUUCGUCAAAUCCGAGACCUUGGAGUUGAAGGAAGAAGAGGACGUGCUGGUGCUGCUCGGCUCAGCCUCCCCCGCCUCGGCGGCGCUGACUCCGCUGUCGUCCAGCACUGAGGAGGAGGAAGAGGAGGAGGAGAUGCGUGCUCCGGGAGGGGCGCGGCGGCCGCGCGGGGCCGAGGCCGGGUCCGGGGUGCGGGACCGCUCAGUGGCUGGCGCCGAGAGCUGCAGGCCCGCGCGGCUGCUGGACCUGGCGCACGAGUGCAAACGGCGCCCCUCCCGGGCCCGGGCGGUCUCUCGCUGUGCCAAGACCGCGGAGACUGUUCAGCGCAUCAAGAAGACCCGCAGGCUGAAGGCCAACAACCGCGAGCGUAACCGCAUGCACAAUCUCAACGCGGCGCUGGAUGCGCUGCGUGAGGUGCUCCCCACGUUCCCCGAAGAUGCCAAACUCACGAAGAUAGAGACCCUGCGCUUCGCCCACAACUACAUCUGGGCGCUCACCGAGACCCUGCGCCUGGCCGACCACUGCGGGGGCAGCGGCGGGGGCCUGCCAGGGGCUCUAUUUUCCGAGGCAGUGUUGCUGAGUCCCGGAGGCGCUAGCGGCGCCCUGAGCAGCUGCGGGGACAGCCCAUCGCCCGCCUCCACGUGGAGUUGUACCAACAGUCCCGCGCCGUCCUCCUCCGCGUCCUCCAACUCCACUUCCCCCUACAGCUGCGUUUUAUCGCCUGCUAGUCCGGCGGGUUCAGACAUGGAGUAUUGGCAGCCCCCGCCUCGCGAUAAGCACCGCUACGCACCUCACCUCCCCAUAGCCAGGGAUUGCAUCUAGAGACCCCAUCUCUGUUACUAAAACCAGGCCUUAGUGGGCUCCCUUUCCUGUCUCCGACCGAGCCCUCCAACCACCCUUUCCCUGUUCCCACUUUCCAUGACCUGGUCACCACCUCACUUCACAGAGCAGAUGUAGCCGUUCUGAUUCCUCGGUUGUUGUGCUGCAUUCCUUGGCUAUGGGUUUUCUUAAUUCGACGGGCUCUGAUUGAAUGAGGGUGUGAUGGAGCUUAUUAUCAAAGAGGAUGAUGAAAUUUGGGGUGCGCUUCUUAAGGCUAAAGAGA